GUACUCUCUCUCAUCUCUCUCUCUCCCGAGUUCGUGAAAUUCCUGGGUUUCAAAUCCAAAUUGUCUGAUUGAUCUCUCCUCACGUUCUUUAUCACUCUCCUCGAUCCAGAGAAUUUUUGUUUCUGGAGAAUUUUGAUUUCAAAUUCAAAUCGAAACCGUCUGAUUUCUGGAGAAUGUGAAUCAUUGUUUCUGGAGAAUUUUGAUUUCGAAGAAGAAUAAGAAGAAAAAGCAGUGAUUGUGGAAGAGAAGAGGAGAUAAAAAUGGCGAAGCCUCUGGGUACUACCGGCGAGUUUUUCCGGUGAAGAGAUGAAUGGAGAAAGCAUCCGAUGCUCUCGAACCAAAUGAGACACGCUCUUCCUGAUUUGCUUGUAGUUUACUUAGACAAGAGAUGAAGGAGAUCAUCAUAAAUCUUGACACACCACAUAUCAAAGCAUUGGAGAAAGCUGGAGAAGAAGAUGUUAUUUUCUGCAGAUCAUCACCCAAGCAAAAGGCAUUGGUUACACGGUUGGUCAAAACUGGGACAGGGAAGACAAGUUUAGCUAUUGGAGAUGGAGCAAACGAUGUUGGAAUGCUUCAAGAAGCAGAUAUAGGUGUUGGAAUCAGCGGUGUUGAGGGAAUGCAAGCGCUUAUGUCUAGCGACAAUGCCAUUGCUCAGUUCAGAUACUCUCGUCCAUGGUCACUGGUGUUACUGCAGAAUCUCAUCCAUGGUGUAGAUGAUAAAGACGUUUGUUACAGACGACGGUUGCUUGAUGUUAGACAAUUAUUACAGAAGACUCAAGGCAAGAAAUCUCAGAGAAAGAGGAAACAAUUGUUCUGCUUCAUUGCCUCUUCAGCAAACUUCAGAUGAGUACAGAUGCAGUUCAUGAAUCUCAAAUGCCGUUUUGGAUAGGAUUUGGCAGAGGUCUCUUAGAUCACAAUACAUGUCCUCAGCUAUCCUCUCGUAAGCCUCAUAAUCCAGCAGAUGACCAGCAUCAGCAGCCAGGAUAUUGUUGAGCUUUGUUAUGUCACCAUAGAAACUUAAUGAAAACAGUUUCGUCCGGGUCAGCAGCAACAGUCAUCUCCACACAAUACCUAAUAGACAUGGUACAAUGUUUUAGAUACAUUGUCAUAAAGAAACAACUAAAACCGCUGUGUACCUGAGAACACCAAGGUCAUCACUCUGAUAGCAGAACAUGCAUGCAAACGAUAGGAAUCCUCUGAAGUUUCCUUGCACACUUGGAGCAAGAUAUGUAGCACCAUACAUUUAUAUGAGUACAUAAUACUUUCCCAGUGCAGAUACAUUCUAUUUUAUGCAAUAAUGGAUGUUGCAAUCAUAAAAAGAACAUAGAAUGAUGGUGGAGACAAACCUAUUAAAGGUUGUCAGUGAACCUAAGGCUUGGCUAUGAUGACAAACUGGCUAAGCUCAGCUAUUGUCAGUGGCUCAAUCUUGGCAUAGCCUCUCAACAAUGAAGCUGUUGAUGUAGUCCCAUUGUCGUUAGUGACCAACCAGCAAUGAUUAGAGUAUCCUGUGAGAGUAUGUUCCAUAUAUAAUUUUACAAAACGUAUAAUGAUGUAAUAAAAUAUGAACGAUCAGUUCUUAAUUGUAAAUGUAGCUCUCAACAAAAACUUAUGGCGAAUAAUGUUACAACAAUG